GGAGGGGCUCCGUCCCUCCAAUCGGCUUAGGCCCCGCAGUGGAGGAGGGGGUGCGUCCUGAAGGAGAGGGCGGGACCAGUUUCCUGUCCAUCACCGAGUCCUCGACCGGCAGCACCUACCACACGACUGUACCUUGGAGAGGCGGGGCCGAGGAGGAAAGGCCACUGUCGGGCGAGGCGGGGCCAUACCAGCGGAAGCCAAUUAGCCUGGCGGCGCGAGGGUUGGGGGCGGAGCCACGGCUCCAGACCCAAACACUCGGGCCCAGGCGCUCACUGGAGUCGCGCUGUCCCCUGGCCUUCCGGUGCGAGGGCCGGGGAGCCUCCUACCCUAGUGGGUACCCCCACUUUCGUGGCCCAGACCCCUCCUGUUAGUCCUUCUGCGGGGAGCGUGGCGACGGUUGCUGGGAAGCGCGCCGCCCCCAUACUUUAUCCUCCCCUCACGCGCCACCCGUUUUUCCUCUUUCUUCGCUUGUAACAGCUGGGUGGCUGGGGGAGGGGGGAAGGUGGCCCCGGCGGAGUCUGGGCGGGCGCCUCCCACACACCCGCGAGCCGCCGUGGGAGCAGGAUGGCGGCGGUAGCCGCGGCCGCCCGGGAGGAGGCGGUGCCGAGGCCCGGGGCGCAGAACGCGGCGGUGGCGGCAGAGAGCGGCAGCGGCUCGUCGCGGCGCCCUGGAACCGAAACCAGUGGCAGCCGAAGAGCCACCUGAGCCGCCCCUCCGUCGGAGCCAGCCUGGGACACCCGCCGACGCCGGGACCUCCUUCCUCUCCGCCUCUCGUCGUUUUCCGCGACCCCGUCAGGCCGCCGGCCUUGCCAGCGGCCCGCGAGAAGAGCGCGUCGGGCGCCGACCGCCCCUCGGGGCGCCGGGCGGCGGCCCUGGACGUGCGGGCUUCUCUCUGGGCCGGCCGCGGCGCCUCGGUCCUGCGCUCCCGCCCUCCCGGCACUCCGGGCGCUGCGCGCGGGCCCGGCCCGGGGCAGGGCGGACAUGGGCGCCAAGCAGAGCGGUCCGGCCGCUGCUAACGGCCGCACCCGCGCGUACUCGGGCUCAGAUCUACCCUCCAGCAGCGGCGGAGGGGCCAGUGGGACCGCGGCCGGCGGCGGGGCGCAGGCUGAGGCCGCGGAGAGGUUUCUGGCUCAGGUGCCCGGCGCUCACCAGCCCAGCGCCUCGGGCGCCGCCGCGGCUGCCUCGGCCGCCCCGCGCAGCCGCUCCCUUGGUGGGGCUGUGGGGACCGUGUCGUCGGGGACCCGCGCUGCGCAGUCGUCCUUCAGCAUCCCCAACAGCAGCAGCGGCCCGUAUGGCUCGCAGGACUCAGUCCACAGCAGCCCCGAGGAUGGCGGCGGCGGCAGGGACCGGCCGGCGGGCGGGGGUUCCGGCGGGCCGCGCCUGGUGAUCGGUUCCUUACCAGCUCACCUCUCGCCGCACAUGUUUGGAGGAUUUAAGUGUCCUGUAUGCUCAAAAUUUGUACCCUCAGAUGAAAUGGAUUUGCAUCUUGUGAUGUGUUUAACAAAGCCAAGAAUAACCUAUAAUGAGGAUGUACUGAGUAAAGAUGCUGGGGAAUGUGCAAUAUGCCUUGAAGAAUUGCAGCAGGGAGAUACUAUAGCACGACUGCCUUGUCUAUGCAUAUAUCAUAAAGGCUGCAUAGAUGAAUGGUUUGAAGUAAAUAGAUCUUGCCCUGAGCACCCUUCAGAUUAAGCAUCAGCUUCCUGUUUCAGGUUCUCUUGUCUUUUCAAGAUACUUGAAAAACCAAGAGGAUAUGAAGAUCUGUCUCUGGAAAAACAAACAAAAACGCAGGAAUACUAAGCCAGAAAUCUUGAGUUCUGUGAGACUUGGUAAGGCAGAGAUGGACAAUCAUACAGCAAAAGAAAUCCUGCUGAAGAGAGGACAAUUGCUGCAGAACACAUUGCACCAAACAUGCAUAUAAAGGACACACAGGGAGUCUGAAAAUGCUGCACAUCCCUUAACAGUCAUCUAUGUAGGUAAUACUGAUAAACUCUCAGACGCCAAAGUUAACUGAUCUAAAGUUGAUUUUUUAAGUUCUUUAGAGCUGUGCAACUACUUGUGUUUUGAUUUGUUUUUUUGCUUGGGGUCUCUAUUUUUCCCCAACAUGAUAUUUCUGCAUUCACCUAUUCCUAAAUUGAAGACCACAUAAUUUACUUCUUAUAAAGUCUCAAAUGUGAAACCAAGAAAUGUAAUCAAGCAGUAAAACAUUCUCUGAAAUGUA